AUGGCGGCAUUCACCACGUUCCGAUUCAGCCCCGAAACAGGCGAGGCCCACAUCCUCAAAGAGUCUGACGAUCCUCGGAUUUUCAACCAGAAUACGCAUCAGGCUUGCAACAGGUGCCAUGAUAAGAAACUGAGGUGCAGCGGAAACAAGGACGGAUGUGACCGCUGCGCUGCGUCUGGAUUCCACUGCGAGUACAGCCGCCCCGGGUCUCGCAACUCAAGGAAAAGUAGACAACCCGAGCGAUAUCCGUGCAGUUCCAGAACCGCGGAAGCCAAGAGCAGCCCCAAGAACUCGUCUUCCGCCCAAGCACCGCGUCCGUCAAGGCGCGUCAAUGGCCAGACGUCCCGCGGCAACUGCGGGCCUUCAUUCUCCUCCGCCGCAGACGUCAAGGGCAGUGGCGGCAGUCCCUACUCGAUAGCAGGCAAGUCGAAAAGCGGACAGGCCGUGUACGGCAUGGACGUGCCGGCGGCCCUGGCUCCAUCCACGCACUCCAGCUACCAUGCGUUCGCGCCGAUUGCCGACUAUGCCAGCCACAGCCAAGACUUCUCGCAGCACUGGAUGGUCCCCGGCGCCACCGCCUCUGCCAGCAUGAGCUGCCCUUACAUGCUGAGCUCUGGCCAGGCUUACGGCCACGACGGGAGUGUAUACGUCGACUUUGCCAACCACCCGGCGUACGAUGCGUAUCACAACGACCCACGGCUUUGGGACCUGAGCCACCAGUAG